AUGCUUUAUCACUUCGAGAAAGGUCACUCUGCCGCUCAAGCAUUUCGUGAUCUCAAGGAACUCCUCGGUGAACGAACAAUCGGUGAAAGACAAGUCCGAAGAUGGUUCAAUCGUUUCAAAUCCGGCAACACAAGCUCAGAAGAUGAGGGAGGAAGAGGUCGUUGGUCUGAUUUUGAUGAUCAAGCUCUUUUGCAAGCGGGUUUCGAGAAUUGA